AUGUAUUUCAUGCAAGGCGAGCACACCAAAAAUCUCGAGCUGGCUUGCGAUGAACAAAAGCCACAUUGUGAGAGAUGUCAAAAGAGAAGGGUGCUAUGUCACUACCCCUCAGAGUCGGAUGGCUUCCUCAAUAAGAGCACCGAGAAGAGUGUUGCAAUCUCAUUGACCCCGAGCGAUCCGAGUACCACGUGUUUCUCCUUCUCACUUGACAAUGUCAUGAAUAAUGUCGAGAGGACCUUGAGCCUUGACCCCAAAUGGUCGCCUUACGCCUUCACCGAACCGGGCUCAACACAUCCAAUAAGUAGUAUUGCGUUUCAACAUUUUGUCCGAUGUUCAACAGAGACCAUCGCCCAACCUGUUAUCCAAGACGUAAUGAGAACGGACAUGAUACGCGUGUCAUUCACUGUAACUUUCCCAAAAAUCACUUUUGAGUUAACGACUUCCUGUUGA